GACGCAAAUCGCCUCUCACGGGUGUAGCGUGUUGCUCUUUGUUUUGUACUUGAUUCAACACCUGUUUGACGUUAGAACAACUGGCCGGGUCACUUUUGUGUGUUUGAAACAGUAGAGAUCUCUUGCUUUCGUUUAUACGUGUCAGUCAGUCCUUAAACUGAUUUUUCUAUCAGUCUAGGCGGGACGGUACUAAGCAGUUACAUACAUGAGUGUCUUUAAAAAGUCGUGGAAGGUUGCAUGCUUUAAGGUCAGAGGUGGUUGGAACCACUGCUCUAGAUAACAUUAUCUGUUACUUGUAACAUCUUCUGUAGUCAAAUGUUUUAAGGACCACUGCUUUCUUUGUCUGUGUCCGUUAUUGUGAGAGCAUGACAUGAAAAGAGUCCUCAUGGGAAAGGAUUUUCAUGUAACUUGAGGAAAAAUAAUUCUCUUUCGAAACUGGCCAGUAUUCAGUAACUGACCUGAAGUUCAAUUUAUUCACUAAAGUCAAAUUCUUACUUCAUAUUCGUGAGUGUCUCCUGAGAAGAAGAAAGUGCCAUGUUCAUCCAUGAAGAUUAAUUUGCUUGCAUGGUGUAACUCAUCCCAUCUUGUGUCGCUAACUCGCUAUAUCAAGGGACCAUCGGCUGUGAGGGACCAUGGGCAAGACACACGUGCUCUCAGUCGUCCUCCUUCUCCAGACUUCCAUCAUCUUGGGAGAUGAGGUGAAGUCAGCAUGUUCGUCUUGCAGUAAUGAAGCCUUGCGUAUUGAGAAACGUGGGGCCAUCGAGACAGAAGACCUUGACACGGAGACAGAAUGGAAUGGCAAGAGAGAGAGAGAGAUUACUAUUGUGGUGAACGUGGAGCAUAACAAUAAGUUUGCAAAUUUCACCUGGGAUGUGACGCCCGAGUUACCAGCCGUCUAUAUCAGGUUCGAGAAGGAGUACUCAUGAUGUCCUCAGAAAGAUUCUGUGAGUAAGUGGAUGGAGAAGAAGUCAACGGAUGCUAUUUACAAUCUUCUCAUGACUUCCUUCAAGAAGAUAGUGACGGUGAAGGUCGGUCACGUAACAAAGUCCGCCAGCAUCACAGGUCCUGCUAGAUUGCCUGGGAGAGAACUGGAAAACCUGACGUGCACGGACUGGUCUUGCGAGGUCGCCGUGGACCAUGACUGUAAAAAAGAUAAUGGUCCGAAUAUUCACGUCAAAUUUGUCCUGGAAGCAUGGAAUGAGACUCGCCAAAGCUUUUCUCCAGUCAAGACUGUUGAUCGUAACAUUACAAAGAAUUUCACAGCAAAAGUCUUGUGGAGGGACUUUGACCUGCGGCCUUUCACAAACUACAGUCUGACAGCCUAUCCUGCAAACAGCAAAGGAAAAAGGAAGAAUAAAUCGAUUUCUGAGAAAUUCACGACACCAGAAGCUCCACCAAACGUGACGAACUUGGUCGGCAGGCUACUGGAAGAAAAGAAUCAGAUACAGUUAAGCUGGAAGCCGAACGAUGAUUACUUCUCGAGACAAGGCGUUCGUUACUAUGUCUUGCUGUGUAACGACAACUGUGAGGACAUGCCUUACACCACCAACACCACAAUGACCAUCUCAUAUGAAGGACGGCCUGUCGCCACGAAAUACACUGCUGAGAUCAAAGCCUGCAUCCCCAAAUAGCUGUGCAGCGGCAAGGCGGAGAUCGAGCUAUGGACACCGCCAGAGUGGCCUGACAUUCUGGAAAACACGACAGAUGCUCACCCUCUCCCUGAGCCCACAGCCAACACCAUCACCAUCAGACUACCUGUAAUGCUUAACCCACCCGGAUGGCACUGGGUGUUGCUGAAGAAAUUCGAGGAUAAGAGAAGCAAGGCAUGGAACGAGAUCCUCCGGGAGAUGGCAGUGAAAAUAGUUCGCCAAAAGAAUGAAAA